UAUGCUUGCACCACAUUCAAAAUUAGGCAAUAUGAUGAAAAAACCAUUUAUUAAAUUUUUAUGUCAUAGUAGUUCAUAUUUAUCAUUUUUAGCUCUACUGACGUUAGCUGCUACACGUGUUGAAUUCUUACUGACAAAUUCACUUGAUCAACGUAUGCAUGAUCGUGGGCCAACACCAUCAUUAACAGAAUCCGCUUUAGUUAUUUAUGUUAUAGGUUUUGUAUGGCAACAAAUGAAAAAACUUUAUAUAUGGGGUUUACGUGCACAUUUAACUGAUAUGUGGAAUCUUGUAGAUUUUGUUAUGAAUGCACUUUACAUAGCAACUAUAUCAUUAAGAACAGUUGCAUGGGCUAGA